AGUUAUAGAAUAUCAGAUACGAUCACGGAGGGUAACAUGUGAAGUAGGCCAAUAGUUGAGACUCCUCCUUUGUUACACCUCCUCUCAACUCUCCCCGGUAAUAGUCCUCAUGGAGUUUAUACACAUCGUGGAUUAAGUACGAAACAACUUUCCGUUAAAUCUAUGUGUGUGGAUUAUUGAAAUUUCUCCGACUUUCGUCUGUGAUUCUGUUUUCUUUGGGACGUAGGAUGGUUUUUACUAUUCACUUAGAUUGUCUUUGGAACUGACAGUGGUAACACACAUGAGAUAUAAAACAUGGAAUAACGACCGGGACGAGUUCUAGGCGGACGAUUGUUACCAUAGUGCUUUCGAAGCAGCUGUCGUCUGCUACUGUGAUUCUGCUUAAAGGAAUAGAAAAGGGAAAUUUAAUGCACUGGGAAUCCCACUGUUUAAUAUUUUUGGAGUAAUAUACCUCGAAGACAGUAUGGGAUGGAUAGCAAGAUUGGCUGUACUAGCCACUGUAGUGGACGUUAUAUAUGCACAGCUUAUACCAAGUGGUCAUAGUAUAUGUGGUCAAAUACGGCCUGGUGACGAUGACAACAAAGCAUUCGAUUUUAUAUCUAACUUCCAGUUAGAUAAGGCACGUGAUCUCAGAAUAAGGGGUGUGACGCGCACGCGUGGAUCUAAUACAUACCAACAAGCAUAUAAACUCAAACGAACGGCAAAAAAGAAGCAAUUAUCCGUAGCUACAAGAACGAUGUUUCCCCUGGGAAUGCCGGACGAAUUUUCCCUUGGAGCCACGUAUAGAUUACAGGGAUUAGCCAGACGGAUGGUGUGGAACAUGGUUGACUUUCAGAGUUCUCGUGGACAGUCAGAAUUCGCCCUUAGGUUCGAUGCCCCGGCAAAACAAAUUGCGCUUGUUUUCCAAAAUGCUCGUAACACCCAAACGGCUUUAACAUUCGACAACCGAAAUGUUCGAAAGGCCUUUAACAACCAGUGGCAUAAAAUCCAUAUCAAAGUCACCCGCACCUUAACAACGCUUUUCAUAGACUGUCAGGAUAUCCAGACACUGCCUAUGGUGGCGAGGUCACAGGUUGACAUCAACGGUGAUAUCGUUCUAGCCCAGCCAGUCAACGAACUCGAUGGAAGAACAGUUCCGUUUGAGCUCCAGUGGCUAGUCAUUCACUGUGAUCCGUCUAAGCACCAGCGUGAAAACUGUGACGAACUUCCGAGCGACACAAGAAACUACAUGAACGAGCAGAGAAGAGGGGACAUGGGCUGUUCGGUACAGUGUCCAGCAGGACCACGUGGACUUAACGGAACAAAUGGAGCUCCUGGCCGAAACGGUCGUGACGGUCUGGAUGGAAUUGACGGUUUAAUGGGUCCCAAGGGAGAUUCAGGGGAGCGGGGCCCAGCAGGUCGGGACGGGAAACCAGGAAAGGCCGGAACUCCAGGUAAAACAGGGCCUCAGGGUCCGAGAGGUUCCGAAGGUCCACAGGGAGAUGACGGUAUUGCGGGUGAGCCUGGAGUGCCCGGUUUGGAUGGAAAAGACGGUUUGCCUGGGGACAUUGGACCUCCCGGAGAAAGAGGUGAAAGGGGACGAGAAGGACAGCCUGGGGCCCCAGGUAUACCAGGGAAAACCGGCAGACCCGGAGAAGGUGUUGUUGGACCAAUGGGACCCGAAGGUCCACAAGGUGCCCCAGGUCAACAGGGUACACAGGGUGUUGUGGGACAAAGAGGUGAACGAGGAGAAAAGGGAAAUCAGGGUGAACGGGGACUGCAGGGCGAUCCUGGGGAGCAAGGGCCACGAGGUUUCGAUGGUGCUGAUGGAGUUCCAGGGAAACAGGGUAUUCAAGGCCCUCCCGGACCACCGGGACCAGCGGGACAGGUUCUUGAACCAGAUAUGUCUAACCACAUUCCAGUAGAGGGCCCGGCUGGACCAAUGGGACCCGCUGGACCACAGGGAGAUAUAGGGCCAAAGGGUAACAAAGGAGAACAAGGAGAAGAAGGGAAGAGAGGACUUAAGGGUGACAAAGGAAAUGAUGGCCCUAUGGGAAUGUCUGGAAUUGACGGUAUCCCGGGAGUGGCAGGGGAACCAGGUGUGAUAGGACCUCAGGGAAGACCAGGGGAGACGGGACCGAAAGGAGAGAGAGGCAAUGACGGUUCUGAUGGAGAGCAAGGAUUACAGGGUCUACCAGGAUUGCAGGGUGAACGAGGAGAGAAAGGAAGCAUCGGUCAAAGGGGACCUCCUGGCCCCCCAGGUGAAGGUUCAAUGUUCAGUCGUGGAAGGGAGGACCCGGGACCCCCUGGUAAUCCAGGACCACGUGGCCCACCCGGAACCAAAGGAGAAGAGGGAUUAUCUGGGCCGCCAGGGCCUGCAGGAGAACCAGGCAAUGACGGGGAACCUGGUAACCCGGGUUUACCAGGAGAACCAGGUCAAUCUGGAGAAAUGGGCCCUGUUGGAGAUCGUGGACCAAUGGGCGAUACAGGAUCACGUGGUCUAAUGGGCCCACAAGGACAGGAAGGACCUCCCGGUAUGCCUGGACGCACUGGUGACAGGGGUGACCAAGGGGAACCAGGACCAACGGGACUACCAGGAAUUCCAGGCAUGGACGGCAGACCUGGACAAGAUGGACCCAUGGGACCUAUGGGCAAUCCAGGUCCCCAAGGACUGAGGGGCGCGCCCGGACAACCAGGACCACCUGGCCCUCCUGGACAAGAUGGUGUGUUCAGUGGAGAUCUGAGUCAAUAUUACGCCUCACUCAGCAAUCCAGAUACCCAAGGACAGAUGGGACCACCGGUAAGUUUAUGUAAGCAUGGACCACCAGGACACACGGGACCAUCAGGACCCGUCGGUUCAACAGGACUUCCAGGAGAACGAGGGGCGCCAGGUGAGCGGGGACCAGCGGGAGCCACAGGAGCACCCGGUGUGCCCGGGUUAUCUGGACCCCCCGGCCAGCCCGGCACCCGAGGACUCAGGGGCCAGCCUGGUAUGCCAGGAAUUCCAGGAUUACCUGGACGAAGUGUUAGCGAUACCGAGGUGAAAGAAAUUUGCUUCCAGAUUCUUCGUGAGAAUAUGGAGGAGAUAACAGCAGAUUUGCGAGGACCUCCAGGUUUACCUGGUGUUGGCAAGCCUGGUAGACAAGGACCUCCGGGCAGGGUUGGAAUCCAAGGUGAGCGUGGACCACAAGGAAUGCCUGGAGAGAGAGGAAUGAUUGGUGUGUCCGGACUUCCGGGAGCCCAGGGUCCAGUGGGGCCCGCUGGUGAGAAAGGACCGAAGGGAGAUAGGGGUAACACAGGGAAAGGACAGAGAGGUCGUCAAGGAGAAGCUGGGCCUCCAGGUCCACCCGGUCCAACAGGAGAGGGUAUUCAGGGUAGACCUGGAGACCGAGGACCUCCGGGUGUUUCUGGUAUGCACGGGCGCCGAGGUGUCGCUGGACCUCCAGGACCCCCAGGCUACUGCGAGUUCUGUAACUUUGCUGCUGGCACAGGAUCACAGCAGGGCCCGGAGUACAUGACACUCGGUCAGGCUAAUGGUAUCAAGGGACCUUAAGAAAAUCUCAAUCAGUGACGAUAAUUUGUGAUAUCACCUGUAGCUUUCAUUACCAUCAAAAUACCUUGACCAUCCGUAUCGCUUUCAUCCUGUCAUCCCAACUCUUCUUAAUACCUCACGCCAACGCCUUUCUUUUUAAAUAGUCCCAGAACAAAGCAUAAUAUUUAUCUUUUAUUAUUUCAUUAUAGCUGAUAGAAGUUAUUAUUUUGUUUUGCUACAAAAUAUAUGUAUCAUUAUUCAGCAUUUCCCCUUUUCUUUGGAAUUUCCCUGCUUUCUAGCAAAUCCCUCAUAUUCAUUAAUCAUUGAUGUAUGCAAGUAUGUACGUGUAAUCAUGCUCCGCAUUUCGUUGUGUGUCAUUUUAAACAGAACAUCAGAUUUGCUGUAUGACGGAUGUUCUUGUACUACUUUAUCAGUUUAUUUCGCCUCCAAGCAGUUCCGUUUCCUGACUUCCGUUACAGUUUUCUUUAUUUUGGCUCAUAGCGGUUUUAUUUUGCCUUCGUGAAGUUGCUGUUAUUGUUUUGCCUUGUGUAGCACUGUUUUUUUGUCUGGAUUUCAUACUGUUAGUGUGCUUUCCAUUUAUAUGAGAAUGUAGAAAUCCUCCAGGAAUGUGAAUGCGCUAUACCACGCUCUAUAUGCCAAGUAGAUUUAGUAGCGUCGAUUUACCUUGCUUCGCAAAAGUUCAAUGCAAAUGGACGCAAAAACCCUAAUGGACACCUUAGCUCCGCCAUGCCGGCGGCCAUGAAAGCCUGAAAUAAUUUGUUUCGAUGUAACAUGCUUUUAUUAAGAUACAGUUAACUAAUAACAAUAAAGUAACAAAAUUUACGUCAACCUAGAAAAUAACUUUCUAAACUGACAUUUUAUUUAAAAUAACUGGUAUGGUUUAAACAGGCUCUAAACUCAUAACCCAUAUCAAUUCUCCAUCUGUGUUAAGAAACUAAUUUUUGAAAAUUUCAACAAUUUUGUUGUGAUAGCAUUUAAUUUGUUCCUGUUUCGGUUAUCUUUUUUGUAUGAUGCUAUUUUUGCUAGAGAUAUUGCAGCGAAUUGAUGUUUAAUUGCUCAAGUGAGCUUGUACGUUUUCUGUGAAAACGUCUUUAAAGGCCAGUAUGGUAUUUCUACGAUUGAUUGGUAGGAUACUUUGAAAAUGAAUCUUAAAAAUGGAUCUGUCAUUCAAGUUCUACCACAUAAACACAUAUACCUCACAAAUACGAUCACAUGACAUGAACCGUCACAGGUUACGUGGAAAUGUAUAUGAACGUAAAGAUAGAUAGAAAUAGCUGCAAUAAAAAAAAAUGCCUGCAAUUGCAUGUCUGACUCUCGAAUUUCACUCUUUAGUUUUACUCAACGAUCAAAUUUUCGUAAAAAUGCGCGAUAUAUAAUUAUACACUCAGGGAAAAUCGUCUGAUAUUGACAAUAGCGCUCUUUCCCUAUUUCUUGGGCAUGGUGCGCUUUCUAAUACUCUGGACAUACCUGCUACUCCUUAAGCAUGCAAACGAAUUUCUACAUUCUAGUUCGAUAUUGCAUGUUAAAUUUAAGGAAAUAUUUUGUAGCUGGAAACUAAAUGCUUGCUUUCUGUAUCCUAAAUAUGAUUGUUUUUCCGUCACUAUGCAUGUGCAACCCACGUUUUACUUACCCUCCAUUCUAUCUCCGCUACUAACCCUCACUUUGGUGGUGAUGUUACGCUCACUCCUCACGACAGGCUUUCCUGGUUGGGGUGUUGUUGAGGUUCCUAAGGGUAUCGAGCCCUGGCGAUCUCUCUAUGUUCUUUCUGUGAAGUUAGUAACGUUGCGAAAGGAACUCCGAGACAGUCAAACAAUGGCGGAUCAAGACUUUCUUAUAGUUGGUACAGUUGGUAAAAUAUGAUAAAGGCAUUCAUAUAGGAAGACUGCAUUUUUAUGGAGGGAUUGACAUUUCUCAAAAGGUUGUGACUUGUCGGAAUGUCAUACUUCGACACUUUGUGAAUCAUUGAAAAGAUGAGAACAAAAUAGUUCUCGAAAUGUGCCUUUAGACAAAGAGUAUCAUCUAAAUGUAUACUUCUAUGACUACCAUGUUUCCAUCCACGCUCUAUAAGCUCUUCAUCUUUACUUAGACAAUGUCCAUCCCGAGACAGGUUCAGCAUCCAUGUCUGUACAUCUUCAUCAGUUGUGUGUGUAUUGUGUGAUUUGUUGUAAUGUUAUUUUGUGUGUGUGCGUGUGUUAGGGACAAUUGAGAACAAAAUUGGUGAAUAGCAAUUGGUAUAUCAGAAUUGAUUCAUGGUACGUGGUGAUUGAGAAAAUAAAUGCAGUGCAACGCAAUUUAUCACAUGAUAGCUAUAUAUUAUUUAAAUAAUAUGUUACCUAUUGUGAGAUAAAUUUCGUUGCUCUCUCCAGUAUAUUCCAACUACCAUAUUGUUGCGAAUGUAACACAAAAGUUUCUAAUUUAUAAUGAUGACAAUGGAAUGAUUCCGUUAUUUUAGCAAGCAGUAGGCAUCGUCGUUUGUUUUUCUUGUUUGAUUUUAAUUUCGGAGUAUAUUCCAUUGUUCUUGAGUUACAUUUUCAAAAUGAUUCUUAAUUUUGAUGAACGACUUGGUCUUGAUAUGAGUAACAUGUAUCUCUUUGAAUGAUUUGGUCAGGUAUUACUUGAUACUAAACAUUAUGCAAUAAACAAUAGAUGUUGCAGAAAACAAUGCAUUAAAGGUAAAGUAGAGAAUGGAAAUGGAACCAACAAUGACAAGUUUAUAAAAUUCAAAUGUCCAUGAGUUGAUGGAUAAUUAAAACUGACUGACGAUUUCCAUUUAACAAAUAAUAUAAACCAUAUAAGGUCAGUGUUUAUUUCUAACGUAAUUUAUCUGUGAAACGUCUUCGUGUGAUUUUGACGUCAUAUUUACUUAUCGCUUAAAUGUUCGUAAAUAAUUAAUGAUAUGAAAGUUGUAUAUAUACUAUUUAAAAAAAGUAUUAAAUUUUUUAUGUUCAUAGCAAUUAACAGUUACUGUCACUCAUAUAUUAUAGUCUUUCAGCGUGAUGUGUAAGUCACAUGAUCCCUUUCAUGACCAGAACCAGCUAGAAUCCAAAACGCUUAUACAUGUUUAAUAAUGUUUAGUACAGAAAUACUAACCAGUCACCCAAAAUUAUGUAAAUAAUAUUUAAAACUAUUUGAUUUUGUAGCAAGUAGAUUUUAGGAUAUUAGAUGUAUUGUUAAUGCGUUUGUGAAUUUUAACAGUAAAUGAUAUUAAAGUGGAAGUGAUUUAACAACUUUUGCUUGAGAACAAAUUUGUAUAACAAAAUAAAUGUGCUUUUUCUUA